CAAUAAGCAUUGCUAAAACUUCCGGGGACAUGUAUAGAAGGCUGGUGAUGAUGUUAUUUAGAAAGGGAGGGGUUGAUCCAUACGCCUGUUUCCUACUUUCACAAGCAGCGAAGAAGAAGGGUUGGAAACAGACUUGGCGCUGCCGGAAAGAAGACAAAAAGAUGAGUUCUUUGGAAUACAUUAUGUCUGCCUUUGUAUCUUCAGCACCAUCUUCAGCUGCUUUUGUAUCGCUUUCCGAGUGGACUGUACUGAAUAAAAUCACUCUAAUGGUGACGUACUCGUAAGCAUUGCGUCGACGGACUGCUUUCGUAGCGUUACAGUAGUCUGCAUCAUUGGUAGGAGGUCCGAGGCUGAGGCCGUUGACCAAAAUGGUCAUUCAUUCACACCGUUCUUCGUUGAUGCUUCUGCCUUCACGGCAUAUCCAGGGUCGACACCGCGAACAGAUAUAAGUUUCUCAAGCAUGUAAACUGAGCGCACUUAUAUCGUGGGUUCAUUCAGCUCAUAUAAAGCACGGCACAUAUCAGUAUGUCAUUUAUCCCCUUUCCUAUUCAUGCCCACCGCAAAACUUCGAGUCGCUAUUUGUGGCGGAGGAAUUGGUGGACUGGCGUUAGCAGUUGCAUUGUCCAAGUAUUCCGACAUCCAAGUAGACGUCUAUGAAGCAGCAGGACAAUUUAAAGAGAUCGGUGCUGGAGUCAUGAUGUGGGAGCGGACUUGGAAGAUCUUGGAUCAGUUGGGAUUAUCAGAGGAUUUGUCGAAAGCCGCAGAUACGCCUCCCAACGGGUUCCCUGGAAUUGGCUUUGAUUUUCGCAGAGCGGACAGAGAGACUGGCUUUCAGUUUCAUAUGUAUAAUCCCCCAUACGGGUGUAUUCGUUUUCACAGGGCGCACUUUCUCGACGUCUUCGUUAACCACCUGCCAUCCGGCGUUGCUCACUUUGGCAAGAGAUUAUUGUCCUACGAAGACCGUCAUUCCAAUUCCCAAGUCAUCCUAAAGUUCGCAGACGGCUCUCAAGGUACCUGUGACUUACUGGUGGGCUGCGAUGGUUUGAAAUCCACUGUGCGGAAACAAAUGUACGACCAAGCGCCGUUUAAGGAGCCUACUUUGAAGAUCGUCGCUGAGCCUAUCUGGAGUGGUUGGGUUACCUAUCGAGCUCUCGUUCCUGCUGACCGCGUUCGUCAAGCUAACGGUGGCAAGGAAACUCGAACCACAACUACUCCCAUGAUGUACUGCGGCAAAAGCAAGCACAUCGUCAGUUACCCGAUAUUCCAAGGUCGCAUUGUGAACGUGGUGGGCUUGGUAUUCUACCCUGAAGGAGAAGGAAAGACCUUCGAUGGACCCUGGGUGACCGAAUGUGAUGGAGCAGAAGUCAUCAAGCAUUAUGUAGGCUGGGAACAGGAAGUUCAAGACUUACUCCGUCAUGUCGAUAAAGCCAUGCUGUGGGCAGUUCACAGUCUAAGACCACUUCCGAUGUAUACAUCGGGGAGAGUAGCAUUAUUAGGUGACGCUGCUCAUGCUAUGACACCACACCAAGGAGCGGGUGCAGGUCAGGCCAUCGAGGAUGCGUACAUCCUUGCAGCGCUCCUAGGUGAGCCAUCCAUUACAGCGCUCAAUCUCUGGAAAGCUCUGUCAGCAUAUGAAUCCAUCCGGCUGCCCUUUGCAAACCGCGUACUUCGUGAAUCGGCCGUCUCAGGGAAGAUGUAUGAAUUCAAUAGCAUUUUUCAAGACAACUAUACCUCUCUGGGACCUGCCAUUGAUGCGCAGUGGUCUUGGUUGUGGGAGUCAACACCAGAAGAGGAAGUAGAAAGAGCGUUGAAGCGAAUGAGGGGUCUAGGAGUCAAACACAAGCUUUAGUCUGAUUUUUCCUUCGAUUUUUUGUUAUUCCGGUUGCACGAGAGCGAUAUCACAGCCCUGUUUGUGUAUAGUACGGAAACAAUAUCGAUAUGAUCAUGCUUUCAAUUUGUUGACCAACUCCGGAACAGCUUCGUACAAGUCUGCCACCAGUCCAACAUCGGCGACUUGGAAGAUUGGCGCAUCCGCAUC